AGAUGGUGACGUCAGUUGUCAUUCGGCUCAGCGCUGAGUGAGUCAGAAUUACAAACGUCUAUUGUGCGUGUACGUCUGUGCGUGUGUUUGAGAGAGAAAGAGAAAGGGAAUUAAAUAGAGAGGAUGGGGAAGAAAAUGACUACCUGUAGGUGAUUUAACUGCACGAGAAAAGGUGUAUGAGCGUUCCGGAAAAAGUGUGUAUUUACGGGAAUAUUUCUCUUUCUCUCGCUCUCUCUCUCUCCCCCUCUGUGUGGGUGCGUGCGUGUGAGCGCGCGCGUGCGUGUGUUUACACAGACGGGAAUACUACGCCAGAGGAAGUGCGCCGGUUCUCCGUCUGCGUGUCUCGACUUCCUGCUCUGAGGCAGGGCAGGGAAAAGCUGCAGAUCCGCUUUCAGACGGCAGCGGCAUGGAUCCCCGACACAACUCGCACACAGCGCUCUAAGACACGAACACACGCCUCGCACACGGCCAUAGGAGCAGAGGAGCGAGCGGCCGUCCACAGCUGGAUCGCCCGUGUCUCUGGUGUCAUCCCGUCAUGGAGAGCUCCAUCACACUCUGGCAGUUCCUGCUGCAACUGCUGAUUGACCAAAGCCACAAACAUCUCAUCUGCUGGACGUCCAACGAUGGCGAGUUCAAGCUGCUGAAGUCAGAAGAGGUGGCCAAGCUUUGGGGGCUGCGUAAGAACAAGACCAACAUGAACUAUGAUAAGCUGAGCAGAGCUCUGCGCUACUACUACGACAAAAACAUCAUCAAGAAGGUGAUCGGCCAGAAGUUUGUCUACAAGUUUGUGUCGUUCCCUGAGAUCCUGAAGAUGGACCCCGCGGUGGUCGAGUCGGGCCGCAGCAGCGAGGAAGGUGGGGGCGCAACGUCAGAGCCCGAGGCUGACGACGACGACGGGAGAAACCAAUACCUCCACUCCGGCCUGUACUCCCCCUUCGCCGGCGGCUCCCUGCGGCCCCACAUGGAGCAGCAUCGGCCGAUCAAGACGGAGCCCAGAUCCGAUCACUACGGCGACAGCUCCUCCGUCAUCCGAUUCGUAACCAACCGUGGGCACUCCUCCCUGCCCCCCACCCCACCACCAUCCUCGGCUGAGACCUCCCAUUCCUCCAGACCGUCACCGGUGCAGGCCCGCUCUUCCUCCUGCUCGUCCUCCUCCCCGCCGCAGAGCCCGGCACAAGCCCUGUGGAGGGGGCGGGGCCACGGCUCGGAGACUAAUGAGUUAGAGCACAGUGCCCAACCUCUAAACCUCUCAUCUGGUCAGAGGGAGAGAGAGAGGUCACAGGCGACCCAGGAGAGCGGGAGAUUUGCCAAUAGCGGGCCUUUGAAAAGCAGGAAACCCAAAGGCUUGGAAAUCUCCGCCUCCUCGCUUCUCCUGACAGGAAGCGACCUCGUCUCCAUUGCUCUCAACAGCCCGGCGCUGCCUUCAGGCUCCCUGACCCCUGCCUUCCUCACCACACAGACUCCGUCCGGUCUGCUGCUCACUCCGAGCUCUCUGCUCUCCAAUAUCCAUUUCUGGUCCAGCCUGAGUCCAGUGGGACCCCUCAGCCCUGCACAGCUGCAGAGCCAUGGCCCCCUCUUUCAGUUCCCCACUCUGCUGAAUGGAAACAUCCCAGUGCCGUUACCCAGCAUGGAUGCUCGCUCUCCUCUGCUGCUCUCCUCCAGCUCCCACAAGUGCUGAUGCCAGCCUAAAUCUCCAAGAGUCAAGUGGGCCAAACCAAGCCAGGCCGGAUCUGCGCGGAGCACAUCCGCCUUAGACUCGGACGAUGAACCACACAGGAGUCUCACCUGAGACCUGUUUUGAUUUACCAGAUGACCUUUGGCCUUGAGAGGAGUGUUCACAUUAGACGCUCUCUGUGUGUUCAUGUGGGUGUUUGGUGCUUCUUUUCAUGCCAAAAAGUUGACUGGAGGUUAAACCUCCUUACAUUUCUCAUCUCAUUUUAAAUUUCAGUGAUAGAGACUGGUUGCAAUUUUAUUAGUGUUAUCCCUAUUUAACCCCCCCUGCCACAUUAAAAUCCACACCACUGAUUCCAACAAUAAUCUGGGGAAAACCUUGUCAGGUAUUUUAACACACAACCAAUAGCUUUUUGUCCUUUGUCAACAAAGUACUAUGAGUGACACAACGGAUCAGGAUAAUUUCUUACAACUUGAUGAAGAUUUGUCUAGAUGUGGUUUGAGCAUGGCCACAGGAUGAGUCCCUCUCUGACUCCUAGCAGAGACCUGCUAGCCAGCACGUUAAAACAUAGAAGUCUUUUCAUUUCGUCUCCUGCAUUGCUUUGAUUUGACGCUGUGAAUUUGUUUUUAUCUGUAUAGUGUCACGAUUUUCUUUUUUUUAAAUGCACUGUACCUUUCAGCUCUGUACCAGCUGUGCCUUCAAUAUUGUAAGACUUGUGUAAAUGUAUUAAGCUUAAAACCAGGUUUUAAUAGAUAUUCAAGGUCAAAAUUGCACAAAAGCUUUUAUUUUGUAAAAUGGCUCCUGGUUAUUUUUAUAAAGAAAUUAAUGGAAAUGUAUUCUCAGUGA